CUCAUGGUGACAUCCGACUUGCACUUCGCCGCGCUAGCAGCACCGGGAUCACGUCUGAUGAUGUCGCUGCAAGUGGUUAACUUGUUCCCAAGCAAUUCAAAUGACACCAUUCACCCAAGGAGCAUCAGCCCUUACGCUUCACUCUGCUCCCGACCGCUUGCAACGCCGGCAGGGAACGAAUGUUGUUUCCGUCAUCGGCACCGACGCACUUCAUCUUUGAGCACAUAGAGCACAUCGGCUAACGUUAACCUGCACGAGUAUUAAAGACGAUGCUUAGGUGCCCAACAGACAUAACGUAGCCCCCCCCCCCCCAAGCUCGUCUUGCAUCUCACAAUGCCCGUCCCUCUGACCAAGGAAAGCGACGUCGAUGUUCUAAUCAUCGGUGCUGGCCCCGCUGGACUGAUGUGCGCCAACGCCCUGGCUAAGGCCGGAGUGGACGUCAGGAUUAUAGACCAAAGGCCGAAGAAAGUAGCAGCAGGCCAGGCGGACGGCAUUCAGCCCCGGACGAUCGAAGUGUUCCAGAGCUAUGGUCUUGCCGAUCGUCUGUUACGUGAGGGGAACCAGAUGCAUAUGGGUGCAUUCUAUAAUCCAAGCAUAGACGGUGGAAUCGAGUGCACCAAACGAGUGCCAGUCGUCAACGUUCCCAGUGCUCGGUAUCCAUUCAUGGUCACGCUGCAUCAAGGGGCGAUCGAGGCGAUAUUCUUGGACUCAAUGACCUCCUUGGGCAUUCAAGUCGAGAGACCUGUCGUGCCGACUUCCAUUGAGCUGUCUCAGGACGAUGCAGUCCUGAAAGAUCCUAGUAUGCACGCGGUGAAGGUGGUGCUCAAGCAUCUAGACGUUCCUGAAGGCAAGCCUGACACUGAAAUUGUUCAUGCGAAGUUUGUUGUCGGUGCAGAUGGCGCGCACUCGUGGGUCCGCAAAAGCUUCGGCAUUGCGAUGGAGGGAGAGCAAACUGACUAUAUAUGGGGCGCGCUGGACAUAAUUCCCGAGACCGACUUCUCUGACAUACGCAGUUUGUGUGUGAUUCAUUCCAAUAAUGGCUCGUGCUUGGUCAUUCCGCGCGAAGGGGACAUCGUGCGUCUGUACAUUCAACUAGCAGAAACGGACGCUGUGGAUGUCCAGACGGGGCGAGUAGACAAAAAUAAUAUGGGGCCGGAGAGGCUGCUUGAAGUCGCCAGGAAGUCAUUCCAUCCAUAUUCAAUAUCGACAUUGCAUGACGUCCAAUGGUGGACGAUGUAUAUCAUUGGGCAACGUGUGGCCUCUCGCUUCUCGGUGAACGAGAGGGUGUUCAUCGCCGGUGAUGCAUGCCAUACGCACUCUCCGAAGGGUGGCCAGGGCAUGAAUGCCAGCAUGAACGAUUCUCACAACCUAGCUUGGAAACUCGCACAUGUCCUCCGUGGCUGGUCUGACAUAUCUCUUCUCCAAACUUACGAGUUCGAGCGUCGCAAGUUUGCACAAGACUUGAUCGACUUCGAUAAAAAGUGGUCCGGUCUUUUGUCUGGCAAGUCCAGGACGGAGUUACCUCAAGAUGGCGUGAUGCACCAAGAAUUCGUAGAAGCCUUUCAGGCCACCAGCCUAUUCAAAACCGGGCUCGGCAUCCACUAUCUCCCGUCGGCGGUGGUGCACACUCAGCAUCAGGCCUACGCAAGCAAUCUCAUCAUCGGACAGCGCAUGCUACCCCACGUCUUCGUGAGAGUGGCAGAUGCCCGGCCCUACGAGAUUCAGGAUCUUCUCCCGGCAGACACACGCUUCAAGAUCAUCGUGUUCACCGGAGACGCUCGCGAUAAAUCCCAACUCGACCGCGUGACGAAGCUCGCCGCAGACUUGGAGCAGCCGAAGGCUUUCCUCAACCGCUUCUCGAAAGGGAACAUCGCCAGCGUCUUUGAUAUCCUGUGCAUCAGUGCCGCUAAGAAAGGAUCUCUGAAAUAUACCGACCUUCCGGCAUUGCUGCGGUCGCAUUGGUCAAAGGCUUUAAUGGACGACAUGGACAUGUAUGGACGAGCAGGCGGUGGAGGGUACGAGAAGUAUGGUAUCGAUUCCCGAGGGGUGAUCGUCGUCGUAAGGCCGGAUGGUUACGUUGGCAUGGUUGCCCCCUUCGAGGAGCUCGAGGAUAUAGCUUCUUAUUUCGCCUCGUUCAUGCAUGUCGCGUAGUGCGUCCGCGACGACAUAGAUCGCUACUGUUUAGAAGUCCUUGGCUCGGAUCUUGUCAUUGAUACGAAUUUAUCUCCUUGCAGCUGUAGCGAAAAUGUCCUCGCCAAAAUGGGGCUAG